AUGUCCGACGUCGAAAAAGCUUUUGCCUCCAGCUCGAACGGCGCUCUCCAGGCCAACCCACCUCCAAAUACCGCAGCCGUGCCGCGUCCCACACGUAUCGCCAAUGCCGGUACACUCGGACUUUUCUCUUUCGCCUCCACGACCUUCAUUCUCUCGAUGUACAACGUCCGGACGCGCGGUAUCAACACGCCCAACGUCGUCGUCGGAAUGGCCAUUUUCUGCGGCGGGCUGACUCAGCUGCUUGCAGGCAUGUGGGAGUUUCCUCGCGGGAACGCAUUUGGCGGGACAGCUUUCUCCUCCUAUGGCGCAUUUUGGAUGUACUACGCUACUAUCUUCAUCCCCAACUCUGGCAUUCUCGCUGCAUACGGGACUGAUGCAUCCGAGCUCUCCUCUGCACUCGCCGUGUACCUCUUUACAUGGAUGAUAGUCACCGUUCUAUUCUUCAUCACCUCACUCCGCAAAUCUGCCUCGUUCAUCGCCCUCUUCGGUUGUCUCUCUGUCACAUUUAUGCUUCUCGCCUGUUCAGAGUUAUCGGCUUCGUCGGGCAAGGUUUCCAUCAGCACCAAUCUCGCUAAAUCAGGCGGUGCAUUCGGCAUCGUAACCGCCUUCAUCGCAUACUACGUUGGCCUAUCCGAGCUCCUCGCAUCAGAGGCCAAAGCAGUCACCGUACUCCCAAUCGGAGCAUUCUAG